GCUCGUAUUUUCUUUAUCACGAUGAAUUCGUAAAAACAAACGUGUAGUCUUACACAUUUUGGCCGGAUUUGUGGCACAUAUUCCCUCAAAUAACUGAGGUGUUGGACAGAAAGGAAGAAUAAAUGUCCAUUUCCUUGGUAGUUCUCAGAUUUGAGGUUGCAGAUAAUUUGCCAGGGCCCCAAGGUUUAGAUUACUGUGCCCCUGGAUUUAUGGCUUGUAAAGAAAUUUCAGCAUCAGAAGAGGGCAAACUCACAAGUGGAGAAGAAAAAGAGCCCAUGUCUACUGAUGCUAUCUCUGAGGAAAAAAUGAAAGUUCAUCGGGGUGAAAGAUAUGUUCAUGACAUUCACAUUGAAACUCAUGCAAGGAGUAGUGACAAAGAUACAAACUUGGAUUCUGCUCAUGGAGACGAAAAAGAGGAGAAAAGUGUAGGACAGGGAAAGAUAGCUUUCUUCUGUGGAAAUCCAAUGGUAGAGAUCAUCCAGGGAAUUAUUCACAUCUACAAGAACAAUGACAUGACUUUGUUAAGUGACGGAGUCCAGCGGAGUGAAAUGGUCUGCAUGUUAGCUGUCCCUGCUAAGAGGACAUGCAAGGAUCUUAUGGAGUUUGUAGCUCCUUCAGAGGAGUUUAUUGAAUGUGUCAAGAUCAUCAGAGAUAGCAACCCAAAUCAUUACAUGGUUCUUGUCAAAUUCAGGAAUCAGGAAAUUGCAGAUGAUUUCUACAAUACAUACAAUGGCCAUCAUUACAAUCUCUUAGAGGAUGAGGUUUGUCAUUUAGUGUAUGUUGCUAAAGUGGAGACCAAGAAAUUAUCAGAAGGAGGAAGUCUGCCAUGUGAAGGACUGACUGAACUGCCGAAAUGCCCAGUGUGCUUAGAACGUAUGGAUGAAUCUGUCGAGGGAGUUCUAACAAUUUUAUGUAAUCACUCAUUUCACGGAAGCUGCCUGUCUAAAUGGACUGAUACGACUUGUCCAGUAUGCAGAUAUUCCCAGACUCCUCAGCCCGUCGAUGAUAACAAGUGUUUUGAGUGCGAUUCAAGUGAGAGCCUGUGGAUUUGUCUCAUUUGCGGUCACAUUGGUUGUGGUAGAUAUCUUAGAUCUCACGCGAAAAGACAUUUCCAGGAAACACAUCAUACAUAUUCCUUAGAGCUUGGAACACAGCGAGUUUGGGACUACACAGGAGACAACUUUGUUCAUCGUCUGAUCCAGAAUAAAACCGACGGCAAGCUUGUUGAAUAUGGCUCAGAACAACAG